AAUGAUGUUAUCUAUCAUGGCAACUUUUGAAAAUCGAAGUGUGCAUAAAUUUUCAUCCUGGUUGGGAACUCGUGCCUUUCAAACAAAUGCAACGGCAAAAAUUGGCAGCAUCUUGGAGGAGGUUUGAAAAAGAUCAGUGAAUUCUCUUUAAAUUCUGCAAACGCGGAAAUGGGAUUUCCACGUUUUCCAGAGGGCAUCUGAAUGAUCUAUUUUAGUAUACAUUUAUGAGGGUUGGCCUAGGAGAACAUGUCUUCUGCAACAUAAUGGAAGAUCCACGAUGGUACUUAUAAAUACCUCCUAUCCACAUACUAGGGAGCACCGAGGAAAUGAAGAUAAACUGGGUGAAGUGAAGAAAAGAAGUUUGCAAAUCACAUUGGACAAGUUCACAAGUGCAGGACAAGUUUUUUGGUCAUGGAUUCAUACUUGACCUCCAGAAUCCUCCCUUCACAAAUUGAACAAGAUAUUCUGAUUCUGAGAUAAGCAGACAACUCAUCACUUUGGCCAUGGAUAUGACUCCUUUUAAGUUGGAUAUUGACGAGCUUGUAGCUGAAUUUACAGAGAUUGAAGCAACAAAUCUUGCACAAAUGAAAAUUAUUUGGCGCAACAGAAAAUUUUCCUUCAUCCAUGAGGCUAGGCCCACUGAUAAGGAUUCAGCAUUCUUCAUGCAGACAUUAUAUGACCGUGCAAUUAGUCAUAUGGUUUCUGGAGGAUCACUUUCAAAGAGACUAGCAGGAUUAUACACCUUAUAUUGUCUCUAUGAAACACAACUGUUUGAACAACCAUUCAAAAUUUAUUUAUCUCUACAGGACCUGGAGAAGCUAAAUGUACUUGUGAUUGAUGCAAAGCAGAAUGGAGUUGGAGUUGCUAUUGCCACAGUAAAGAUGAUGCUGACCAAAAACAUGUUUCUUUUUGGUUUUGUUGAAGUUGAUGAGGAAUUUGUUUUUAAAACAGUUAAUGCUAUGGCAAAACAGCAACACGCACAUCUCCAAGUUGCCUCCAAGAAGCUGUUAUCAAAUCUUCCAAUACAAAAUCAUGUUCACAUGAAUCUUGGGAUGGAUCUAAGACUUGAUGAACUUAAGAAACUUGCUUCCGAGUACUCACAGGCGAAAGAAUCAGUUAUUCAAGAGACUAGUGCCAUGCAAGGUGUAGAUGAACUAUUAGAUGUUGCAAAAGAAAAUGGAGCAAAAGUUGGGGACGAUCUAGAGAGGAUUGCUGAAAUUUGGAAUCAACAACGACAGUCAUUUUAUGUAGAAAAUAGGCUAGAUGAAACACAUACGAACAAAGGUGCUGAUGAUUUUGUUCAAGAAUUAGAUGAGCUCUUGUCGGAAGAUUAAGUGGGUCAUAUUUUGGUGAUUUCAUUAUAUGCAAUGAAUCUCAUCUUACCUUCCAAAAUAAAGAAAAUUGGAGCAAAAGGAUAAAUGCAAGAGUUAAAUGUACUUUGCUGAAGAAAUUUAAAGGGCAAUCAUGUGCAAUAUGAUUGUGUGGACAUUACAUUAAGAGGUUGGACUAAACGAGAUCAAUGAUUGUUUAAAGUCAGUGUUCCCCCAUUUUUCUUGUGCAUGUUCAUAUAUUAUUAUUUGAUAUCCAUUUUCGUACGAUCAAUUAUAAGGCCAAUAUGUUGUCAGAGUUAGUUUUGGAAAAUUUGAAAUUGAGCCCUGCCUCCUCAAGAUUUGAGUCCUUGGACAAGGUAGUAUAUCCUUGAACUGUUUAAAGAAGGUGAGAUAAUUUGAGAAAAAUGUUGCUGCUGUCA